AUGCCUCCACAGUCAGCCUCUGCACUGGGGAAGCCGGAAUCUAAUUCAGACGGUGCACAACUUUUUACUUGGGAAGAGAUUGGAAUUCACUCUGGUCGGAAGAACUCCAAGGAGGACCGAUGGCUGGUCAUCAACCGGAAGGUUUACAAUAUAAGUAUCUUCUGUAACCAGCAUCCAGGAGGAUCCCGUAUUAUCAAACACUUUUCUGGACAAGAUGCCACGGAUGCUUUCACAGCCUUCCACAAGAAUGAAACUCUGGUGAGGAAAUACCUGAAUUCACUGCUGAUUGGAGAGCUAGCACCUGAUCAACCUUGUUGUGAGCCCAGCAAAAAUGAUCUGCUGGUAAAGGAUUUCCGUGAUCUGUUCUCUACUGUCAAAAAGAUGGGACUCAUGAAAUCCAAUUAUCUCUUCUUCCUCCUCCUGUUCCUGCAUUGCUUGCUGAUUGAUAUUUCCUCCUGGUUCAUUAUAUGGUACUUUGGAGUUUCCUGGGCUUCUUUCCUAAUAGGAAUGGUGAUGUAUACAACUGCUCAGACCCAGUAUGGAUGGUUCCAACAUGAUUUGGGGCAUAUUUCAAUUUUCCAGACACCCAAAUGGAACCACCUUUUCCAGGCAAUUAUGAUGGGCAUGCUUCAGGGUGGGUCAGCCAGCUGGUGGAACCAUAGGCACAACCAGCACCAUGCCAAACCCAACUGCUUCCGCAAGGACCCUGAUAUAGACUUGCAUCCUCUGCCGUUCAGCCUGGGGAAGACGCUCUCUGUGGAGCUCGGAAAGAAGAAGAAGAAAUACUUGCCUUACAAUUACCAGCACAAAUACUUCAGCUUUGUUGCUCCAGGUAUGAUUGUUCCUUUGUUUCUGACGGUUAUAUUCUACUUCACUUACACAAGGAAAAAGUGGUUGGAAUUAGUUAUGGUUCUGCUCUACAAUGCCCGUAUCUGCUUCAUGUAUAUUCCUGUAAUGGGAUUUAAGAGUUUCAUGGCGUACUACUGGCUGGGCAGGUUCCUGCAAGCUUGUUGGUUCAUGUGGGUCACACAAAUGAACCACAUCCCAAUGAAUAUCGACUACGAUAAGAAUUUGGACUGGGUUUCUGCUCAGAUGACAGCAACAUGUAAUGUCGAACCAUCUCUGUUCAAUGACUGGUUUACUGGACACCUGAAUUUUCAGAUUGAACAUCACCUUUUCCCAACGAUGCCUCGACACAACUACUGGAAGGUAGCCCCCCUGGUGAAAUCCCUCUGUGCCAAGCAUGGCCUUAAUUACCAGUGCAAGCCUCUGCUCACAGCCUUUGCAGACAUUUUAUGCUCUCUAAAGGAUUCAGGGGAGCAUUGGCUUGAAGCCUAUCUAAACACAUCAGAAAAAAAGUCAGAUGCUCAAGACAGAUAA